AUGUUUACCGGCAAUACGUUCUUCGACGGGCAGAACGACAAGAGCUUCGUCAGACAAGGACGACGACUCGUCUCUGUCUGUUUGAUGGGAACCUGCGACCGCAACGAGAACAACUACGACGACCAAAUGCCUACCUUGCCUACCCUUUUCGUUGUCGAUCAGCCCGGGAUCGCGUGCGCCCGAAGCGAUUGUUUUUUUGAGGACGACGCGAGGUGGAAUGUUAUUUCAUUUUUUUCUCGCAACGUGCAUGCUGACUAUAUUUGCGUUACAGUCAAGGUCCAUAUCAAGUCCAGACUCGUUACCGUUGAGGGCCCCAGAGGAAAGCUCACCAAGAACCUGAGCCACGUCGCCGUCAACUUCUCCCUGCCGAAGAAGAACGUCAUCCAGAUCGAGAUCCACCACGGCAACCGCAAGAAUGUCGCUACCCUGCGCACCGUCCGGACGCUGAUCAACAACCUGAUCAUUGGUGUCACCAAGGGCUACAAGUACAAGAUGCGCUACGUGUACGCCCAUUUCCCCAUCAACGUCAACGUGGACAAGAACAACGAGACGGGCCUGUUCGAGGUCGAGAUCCGCAACUUCAUCGGCGAGAAGAUUGUGCGGCGGGUGGUGAUGCAGGCGGGCGUCGAUGUCGAGAUCUCCAAGGCGCAGAAGGACGAGCUGAUCCUGACGGGCAACUCCCUCGAGGCGGUCUCCCAGAGCGCAGCAGACAUCCAGCAGAUCUGCAAGGUCCGGAACAAGGACAUCCGGAAGUUCCUGGACGGUCUGUACGUCUCGGAGAAGGGCAACAUUGAGGAGGAGGCGUAA